UGUCUCCGUUCUAUUAUGAAGAGAGUGAACCACAAAGAUCCUCAUGUUGCUAUGCAGGCAUUAACACUUCUAGGAGCCUGUGUAUCCAACUGUGGGAAAAUCUUCCAUUUAGAAGUCUGUUCAAGAGAUUUUGCCAGUGAAGUAAGCAAUGUGUUGAAUAAGGGUCAUCCAAAGGUUUGUGAAAAGCUGAAGGCCCUCAUGGUGGAAUGGACUGAUGAAUUCAAGAAUGACCCACAGCUCAGUUUAAUAUCUGCUAUGAUUAAAAACCUGAAGGAGCAAGGAGUUACUUUCCCAGCUAUUGGUUCCCAGGCUGCAGAACAGGCAAAAGCAAGUCCAGCUCUGGUUGCCAAAGAUCCUGGUACAGUGGCCAACAAAAAGGAAGAGGAGGAUUUAGCUAAAGCUAUUGAGCUGUCACUGAAAGAGCAAAGGCAGCAGCAAACAGCUCUUUCUAGUCUGUACCCAAGCACCUCCAGCCUGCUCACAAGUCACAAGCAUGAGGGCCGAAAGGUUCGUGCCAUCUAUGACUUUGAGGCUGCCGAAGACAACGAGCUGACCUUUAAAGCUGGAGAGCUCAUAACUAUCCUUGAUGACAGUGAUCCAAAUUGGUGGAAAGGUGAAACUCAUCAGGGUGUAGGAUUGUUUCCAUCAAAUUUUGUAACAGCUGAUCUUUCUGCUGAGCCAGAAAUGAUGAAAGCUGAGAAGAAAACGGUGCAGUUCAGUGAUGAAGUUCAAGUGGAGACAAUAGAACCUGAACCUGAGCCAGUUUAUAUUGAUGAAGAUAAAAUGGACCAACUCUUGCAGAUGUUACAAAGUGCAGAUCCAUCUGAUGACCAGCCAGAUAUCCCAGAACUUCUUCACCUUGAGGCAAUGUGCCACCAGAUGGGACCUCUCAUAGAUGAAAAGUUGGAAGAUAUAGACAGGAAACAUUCAGAACUUUCAGAGCUCAAUGUUAAAGCAAUGGAGGCUCUUUCUUUGUAUAACAAAUUGAUGAAUGAAGACCCAAUGUGCUCCAUGUAUGCAAAGCUACAGAACCAACAGUACUACCUGCAGCCAGCUGGUGUUUCUGGCUCCCAGGUUUAUGCGGGGCAACCUCAAAGCAGUGCCUACUUGGUGGCAGGGAGUGCACAGCUGGGCCAUGUUCCAGGCUACAACCUUCCUCCUGAACAGCUCUCUUCUCACAGCCAAGGCACAGGGACUCCAUCUGCCAGCUCAGUGCUGCCUGCUCAGCCUGUACAGACCUCUUACACAAAUGCCAUGGGUGGCUCCGUUGCUGGACACACUUACUCUAACCAGGCCUCAAUGUACAGUCCCCCGCCUGCUGCUGUUGAUGUUGCUGCUUAUCAGAAUGCUGGAACUAAUCUAUCCCAGGUGCCAAACUAUAGCUUAGCAUCUACAGCUCUGCCACAGACAGCAGGCAGCCAGCAAGCACCUCCACAACAACCACAGCCUCUGCCACCUCAGCAACCCCAGCAGAGUUACUCACAGAAGGCUCUGCUAUAG